GAUGAUUUUUUCUCUAUUUCCUUUUUCAACACCGCCACGAAUUUCAUGAAAUCGUGACAAAAUACAGUGAAUCGCAUUGUUAAACAUUUAAAAAAGUGUGUGUUAACAUUAAUAGGACUGAAUGUAUUUUUUUCAUCACUAAUAAGUUUGUGAAAGGUGCAGUUUGAACUUUCCCGAAUAUAACCAUGCCUCCUAAAAAGGCAGCUGCGGCUGCCCCCAGCAAAAAGAAUGAGCAAAAGAAGAAGGAGAAAGUUAUUGAGGAUAAGACCUUCGGUCUCAAGAACAAGAAGGGCGCGAAGCAGCAGAAGUUCAUCCAGCAGGUGGAGAAACAAGUGAAGAGCGGCGGCAUCCACCCGGCCAAGCCCAUGGAGGACAAGAAGAAGACCAAGGAGGAGAAACUGAAGGAGCUGGCCGAGAUGGCCGCGCUGUUCAAGCCUGUGCAGACUCAGAAGGUGCAGAAAGGUAUUGACCCCAAGUCAGUGCUCUGUGCAUUCUUCAAGAAUGGCCAAUGUACUAAAGGAGACAAGUGCAAGUUCUCCCACGACCUCACUAUUGAGAGAAAGGCGGAGAAGCGGUCCCUGUACGUGGACAUGCGCGACGACGACACGAUGGACAACUGGGACGAGGCCAAGCUGCAGGAGGUGGUGGAGAAGAAGCACGGGGAGGGGGACAAGAACCGACCCACCACUGAGAUUAUCUGCAAGCACUUCCUAGAAGCGGUCGAGCGGUCCAAAUACGGGUGGUUCUGGGAGUGCCCGAGCGGGGGCAAGUGCAUCUACCGGCAUGCACUGCCCCCAGGCUUCGUGCUCAAGCGAGACAAGAAGAAAAUGGAGGAAACUAAGAACCAGCUGUCAUUGGUGGAUUUGAUAGAGAGGGAGCGAGCGGCCUUAGGACCUAAUCAGACCAGGAUUACAUUGGAGACCUUCUUGGCGUGGAAGAAGAAGAAGAUCAAGGAUAAGAAGGACCAACAAUGCAAAGCCGAAGAGCAGCGCCGAACCGACUUCAAGGCCGGUCGAGCUGUCGGUUUAUCCGGUCGAGAGAUGUUCUCAUUCGACCCGGCUCUGGCCGCGGACGGCGACAGCGACGACGAAGGCGAGGCCGUGGACAUGGGCGCGUACGAGAGAGAGGACGAUGACGACACUCAGUAUAGAGACAUCGAGUUUGAACUCAUCGGGGCGGAGGCUUCUGAGGUGGACGACACCGGCACGAAAGCCACGGAAGACCGUCUCCAACAGCUCAACGAGGGUCUGGCCAACGGGAGCUCCUCACCAGCCGAGGCAGAAGCGGCUGAAGUACCCAUCAAUGAAAACCUGUUCCUCGAUGAAGAUCUGGAUGAGGAGCUGCAGAACUUAGACCUCGAGGACUAGAGGGAGAUAGGACUAGAGUGGGGGAGAUAGGUCGUGGAGUGAAAUGUGAACGAUUGAGUGAUUCGACUUUGUGAUUGCAACUUUUGUUUUGUACCUACAGGUAAGGGUGGCAUGAUUAUAAGAUGUAGAUUAGAUUUUUUAUAUGUAAAACGCUUAGAGAUUCCCUGUCGCUCAUAGAACUGAAGAACACUUUAUUUUAUAAGAAAGUGUUGAGUUUUUGUGAUACGGAUUCUGGGUGUUGUCCACGAGCUUUGCUUUGAGCGUUAAUACAUGGAUCUGUUCAGUUUAUUUUGCGUGAUAUAUUAUAAAAAAACACUCGUUACAAAUUCUCAAUAGGAAUAGUAAGAUUAGAUUUUACCAACGACAAUAUUGAAGAUAUAAGUACUCAAAUAACUAAGGGACAGUCACGAUAAAGAACUACGUAAUAACUAAUAGGUAAGUUAGUGGUGAACCCGUCCCAUAAAAUAAAUAUUAAUGUUACAAUGCACUGCCCCAAAUUGCCUUGUUAUUGUCUGAAAUGUUAAAUACAUAAUAGCUAAACUAAAAGCACACAAGUAAUAAAAGUUGAAAUCACAAAGAUAGGUGCGUACUAAAGUAAAUAUUUAAUUAGGUAUACUCUAAUAUUAAUAUUGUACUUUGAGAAAGUAAAGACACACUAAAUAUUAAAUGUUUAGAAUAUCGUUUCAGUGAAUUCUUGAUUUUUGGAUGUGGAGUCAUUUUUAUAGUCAAGGACUUUGGCAAAUUGUAAAUAAUAAAAAAAUCGUAAAAUAA